AUGGCAGUGGCGGUGAGCCGGCAGGGCACGGUGGCCGGCUACGGCAUGGUGGCCCAGGACACUGUGGAGGCUGGGGAGCUGCUGUUCGCGGUGCCACGGGCCGCGCUCCUGUCUCCAAACACCUGCUCCAUCAGCGCCCUGCUGGAACGAGAGCAAAGUGCCCUGCAGAGCCAGUCGGGCUGGGUGCCCCUCCUGCUGGCGCUGCUCCAUGAACUGCAGGCCCCCGCCUCCUUCUGGAACCCAUAUUUCGCGCUCUGGCCGGACCUGGGCCGCCUGCAGCACCCCAUGUUCUGGCCCGAGGAUGAACGCCGGCGAUUGCUGCAGGGCACGGGCGUGCCUGAGGCUGUGGAGAAGGACUUGGUCAACAUCGGCAGCGAGUUCCACUCCGUCGUCCUACCCUUCAUGGAAGCCCACCCUGAUCUCUUCAGCCCCCGGGUGCGGUCCCUGGAGCUCUACCAGCAGCUUGUGGCUCUGGUGAUGGCCUACAGCUUUCAGGAACUACUAGAGGAAGAUGAUGAUGAAGAAAAGGAGCCAAAUUCCCCCUUGAUGGUGCCUGCUGCAGACAUACUGAACCACAUAGCCAAUCACAAUGCCAAUCUGGAAUUCUCGGCAGAGUGUUUACGGAUGGUUGCCACCCAGCCCAUUCCAAAAGGCCACGAGAUUUUCAACACUUAUGGGCAAAUGGCGAAUUGGCAACUGAUUCACAUGUAUGGUUUUGUUGAGCCCUAUCCCGGCAACACUAAUGACACUGCGGACAUUCAGAUGGUAACAGUUUGUGAAGCAGCAUUGCAGGGAACAAAGGUUGAAGCUGAAAGGCUCCUACUGAAGGAACGCUGGGAUUUCUUGUGCCAACUGGAGAUGGUAGGGGAGGAGGGAGCCUUUGUGAUUGGGCAGGAGGAGGUGAUAACUGAAGAAGAGCUGCUUACCACACUUAAGGUACUGUGCAUGCCUCCUGAGGAGUUCAGGGAGUUUAAAGACCAAGCUGGCUGGGAAGAUGCUAACAGGGACGAGGAUGGCUGCCUCCCCGUCACAGAUAUACCCAAGUUCAGAGCAUCAUGGAGGCAGCUCCUUCGGGACAGUGUUCUGUUGACCCUGGAAACCUAUGCUACAGACUUACAAACUGAUCAAGAUUUGCUCGCCAAUAAGGAGGUGCACGCCAAACUCAGCUGGAGGGAACAGCAAGCUCUCCAGGUCCGCUACGGUCAGAAGAUAAUCUUACAUCACCUGUUGGAACUGACAAGAUAGUGGACUGCCGGACUGAAGAGCUCUAUUGUAAGCGGGUAGUCACUGGUGCCUUCAAAGGAUUUGUAUCUUGCUGUUCUGACUAAAUGCCCAAAGAAAAAGUCA